GUAUUCCAACAUAACGGCGCGCAUUCCACGCACUUUUAGUCAAUAAUACUCUGUGUGUAAACGUUUUCUUGCUGAAUGUAUUAAAUUAAAUGUAUUAAGAAACAAAUUUCAUAUAAAAAUUAUUUAAUUGUGUAAUCAUACGUAACGGUAACAGAAACAAUGGAAGACUGCCAAACACCCACGCUGGCACAGGUGAUGGAGUUCAAGUACGAGCUCACACCCACAAUGGUCUUUGACCCUAGCCGGCUGCAGGACGCGCAAAAUCUGAUUGUUAAUCGCAUAAAUGUGCGCUGCUUCACGCCGACCGUGAAGAACUUUCAAUCGCCCGGAUUGUCGCCGAUCAACGAGUGUGCGCAGACGCUGCUCGGUGGUGUAGCGGUUGGUGUCGCCGCCAAUAUGGAGAACCGUCAGAAGUCCAUGGCUAUGACGGCUGCUGUGAAGGAUGAAUAUUUCAAAGUGCCGCUAAAGAAAUCGAAAAAUGUACAACAGAAACAAACAGUGGCGGUGCAACAACAACUGCAACAACAACAGCAGCAGCAACAAAAAUUCACUUGUCAUACACAUUUCGUUAGCGAUUCACCACCGGUCUUUACGCUGAACUCAACCACCACUUCGGAUGCAGAUUUCAGCAUCGAUGAUAACAGUCCAGAUAGUUCGGCCAUACUUGGUUAUGCCAACAACAACAACAACAAUAGUAGCAAUGAUCCAAAUAAUUCGGUUAGUUUGAAUAGCAGCAACAAUGUCACAUUUACCAACAGUCUAAAUAACUACUACAAUAACAAUAACAACACAAGUAAUGCAUUGAAAAAUGUGAGUAAUACAAAUCUGCUGAAUCACACCAUGAAUGUGUCGACGCUGCUGCGCAGUGUUGGUCUCGAACAGUAUAUAGAUCUCUUUGAGGAGCAAAAUAUGAACUUGGAGCAGUUUUUGAAUAUACGCCUGGAGGAUAUACAGCGUUUGGGCGUACAUAUACUGGAGCAUCAAAAAAUACUUAUAGAUUUGCUGAACGGGCUGAAUGGUGUUUAAUUUGUGGCUUCUUUAAGAAUUCUUAUUUUAAUGUGUUUUUAAUGUUGUGAUGAUUUUAUGAAAGUGAACUGCGGUUUGCGUGGCAGCUAUUUCAAAUAUUUAAUAAAAUGGUUUUUAGUUUCAAAGUUA